AUGAAGCACUUCAAUAACGAAUCAAGAGUACCGGACGCAAACACGCGCAGACAAUUUCAACCCCGAGUUGCUGGCGCUGCUGGACACGUACCUACAAGAGUUGCUGUCCCGGAAAGGAACGCGCUGUACAACAACCAAGCACUUCUUACCAGAGUUGCGCAGCAACCUCCGCCCGAAACUGAAAGGCACGUGCCGCAUUACACCGGGUAUGAUCCUGCAGUCGAAAACGGCGUCAUAUGCCGAUGCGCAAAUCCCGUCAGACAUGGAGACGCCUUUAGCACCCCUACGACGAGUGAGCUUUACGACGGCCUUGUCUGCCGGGACCAGCAAGGCAACCGAAUGACCAUGGAUGAAGCGCACCAUCGGCGCCUCGAUGUUCUGGGCAAAGACAGCGCCACACGAGAAGAAUUGGAAUCCGUCAAUGUGUUCGUGUUUCAUACUGAGACUGUUAAACAGCUGGAUAAACAAAAUCGGUACCAUGAGUGGGCAGACAAACAGCCAAACUUGACUGUUAGCAACGGCAUUCCUUUCGAUGCUAUUUGGUAUGGUCGGAAGAAUACUAAGGGUUGCUAUGUUUUGCCGCCACCGGAGACAUCGAAUCUCGUAAUGAUUGGGCCUGACGGUGAUUAUCGACCUGGCGCAAGAGCGUCGGCGGAAGGGCCACGCGUGCAGAGACGAGAUUUCCACAUCAUGGCACCCCUCAAGAGCGCCGGGUACCGUAUGGUGAUCCAGAUCCAAGAGGUAGAAUGCCUAUUGUUCGGGGUCCUAGUCCAAAGGGUUAAUAUCCAGGAUCAGGAAGACCAGGAGAACAGAGCGCAUGGAAGCGGCUGA